AUGGCCGGGCUGGGGCUGGACAGAGACCUGAGGCACCUGCUGAAACUGCACCGCACCGAGAUCGCCAUGGCGGUGGAUGAUGUUUUCCCGCUGCUGCACGGCCUUGCCGACCACGACAUCGUCCCUGAGCACAUCUUCAAGGAGACGCUGAGCCAGACAGAGCGAGAGGGCUCCCACCGCGCGUUCCACGCACUGCUCACCUGGCUGCUGGGCCGCGAUGCCGCUGCCGUCCGCGACUUCUGGGCUGUCCUCUUCAAGGACUACAACCUGGAGCGCUACACCCGGCUCCGGCCCCUCCACAGCGCCUUCCCCGCAGAGGUGGACCUCGGGCAGCAGUGCAGCAGCAGGUGCCCGUCCCCCAGCUCCAUGGGACCGACCCCACACAGACCCCAAGGCAAGAGAAAAGCUGAGGAGCGGGAUGGGGCCCGGGUGGCACAACCCUCACCAAGGCACACCACCAGCCCUGGGCUCCUGGCGAAGGCAAAGACUGUGAAGAAGCCAGACAGCGCGGAUACUGCACGCACACCCCGUACCAGCGGCAGUGCCAAGGCGAGCAGCAGAGCCAGGGAUGAGCUCUGUGUACCAGCUGCUGCAAAUGGGUCCCCAAAGAACCUUGUUUCACAGAGCGGGGAGAUGUGUGUGACCGCCCAGGGCCACCUGCCAGCAGUACCUGCGCAGAGCCGGGACCCAGCACCCUACCAGGACAACGAGGAUGAGUGUGCCGUGUGCGGGGACGGCGGAGAGCUCAUCUGCUGCGACGGCUGUCCCAGGGCCUUCCACCUCCCGUGCCUGGUGCCCCCACUGCCUCGUGUCCCGAGUGGGACGUGGCAGUGCAGCUCAUGUGUGGCCGAGCUGGGCCGGCUGCGGGAGGCAGAUGCGGCUGCGGAGCAGCUCCCUGCGAUCCCAGAGAAGGAGGAGCACGGUGCCCAGACGGGAGGAAGCCGCGGGAGCACCUGCAGCCGCUGUUUCUCCAGGAUCUCCGCACCCCAACGCUGCCCUACGCGUGACGGAGACCCCGGAGGACUGUGGCUUUGCGGCUCCUGUGUGGGCACCCCAGAAAUAGGCAGCCGGGAGAGCACCGCAGCUGCUGCUAACCACGUGCUUCAGGCAGCAAAGGAGGAAGCGCACAGCCCAGGCGCUGCGGCCACAGCCUGCGGGCCGUAAAGGAGCGGAACGAGCGCAUGAGCGCAGGUGGGGGUGACACAUCUCCUCCCACAGCUGGAGAACGGCUCAGCGAGCACCGAGCCCACGUCCAGCAGGGAAGAGCUCGAUGCCCUGCUGAGUGAG